AUGCCGCGUUUCAUCGAACAAGGCCAGGGUGGGUCGGUGAUCAACAUCUCGUCCACGGGUGCGGGUCGACCACGGCCUGGGUUGGUUUGGUAUAAUGCCACUAAGGGGGCAGUCACCAAUGCCACCGAGGUCUCGUCGCAGAGUUCGGUCCCCACAGUAUCCGAUUCAACACUGUUGCUCCUCUUCUUUCUGGUACUGAAGGCUUCAUCCUGGAUUCGGGUUUGA